CGCCAGUCUCUCUCAAAACUCUCUCUCUCAAAAAAAAAAAAAAGAAUCAAAUUGCUUUCUCUCUCUCUCACAACGAUCGAUUGAAAAAAAAAAAAAACAAAAAAGAAAAAAAAGUCACAGAUCGAAACCCUAACUUUCUCUCUCUAUCUGCACACUUCUUUCGAUCCAAGCAGCUUGUUUUCAAUUUUAUUUUCUCAUGUAAAAAACAAAAUCCUAGUUUUUUUUCCUGAAGUUCCUCAGCUUAGCACAAAACCCUAGAAAUUAUUUUUUUUCGAUCUCAAUCAGGAGCUUUCGUUGAUUCAAUAUUUGGAUUGAUUUAGAUUCGGGAGAUGCUACUUUUUGAGUAAAUAUACUUUUGGGAUCGUGUUUGAUUUUGGCAAUUCCGGGAUAGAAUAUUUUUGGGGGCGUAUAUUGUAAUAUUUUGUUAGUGUUUGGGAUCUUAUUGUAGAUUUAGGUGGAUCAAAGAAUGGAAUAGCCUAAUAUCGGAUUUAUCUUCAUUUAUACUAGCUGGGGGAGUUUUGGAUUAGUUGUUAAUUAAUGAUGGUAAAGCAGUGAUUAGGGAACAUUGUAGAAAUUGGUUGGAGAUAAGAUACAUGAGAAUUGCUUAGCAGAUUCAAAGUUUUGAGUCAUUGAGUAGUGUAUUUCGUGGGUUGCAGCUAGAGUUAAAAGAGUAUUUGGUGUAUACUCUUCUUUAAAUUUUUGCAGAAAUGAGCCUAGAAAAUGAAGAACAACAUUCGUUAGAUCAGCCCUCGGAUUCCAUUAAGGAUUCUCAAAAGAAAUCGAAAAUUUCGUAUACCAGAGAUUUUUUGCUAUCAUUGAGUGAACUGGAUGUUUGCAAGAAGUUACCUCCUGGAUUCAAUCAAUCAUUUUUGAGUGAAUUGGAGGAUACAUCGCAAGACCGGCAAAGAAUUCCCGGCACCUUGUUGGGUUUUAGGCGUACUGAAUAUGGUUCAUCACCACCCACAAAAGGGGAUUCAGGUAACUAUUCUCGGGGAACGCAUGGACGGUGGGACAGUCGCUCUAGUGGAAGGAGUGAUAGAGACAGCGAUUCGCAAUCUGAUUGGGACUCGGAUUCUGGAAGACGCUAUCAAUCCCGGCGGUCUUGGCAAGGUCCUGAGCAUGAUGGGCUUCUGGGGAGUGGUUCUUUUCCUCGACCAUCUGGAUAUGUAGCAGGAACAUCAGCUCCAAAGUUUCGAGCUAAUGAUCAAUACCAUCUAAAUAGGAGUAAUGAGCCUUACCAUCCACCACGCCCUUAUAAGGCUGUACCACAUUCAAGGAAGGAAACUAAUGACUCAUUUAAUGAUGAAACAUUUGGUUCCAUUGAAUGCACUGGUGAGGAUAGGGCAGAAGAGGAAAGAAAGAGAAGAGCUUCCUUUGAGUCAUGGAGGAAGGAACAGCAGAAAGCAUUUCAAGAGAAGAAGAUUAAUCCGGAAAGGCGUAAAGAUGACUUUGAUAUUUCUGAAUUGCUAGCGGACUCCAAAGAUGAUAAAAGACUUCCAAAUAAAAGCAAGGAAUCAGAUGAACCUAUGCUAGCAUCAAAUAUUGAUUCCGACAAAUCUUCUCUUCCCUCACAAACUCCUGCAUCCAGACCACUUGUACCACCAGGUUUUGCAAGCACAAUUUUGGAACGGAAUUUUGGAACCAAAACUUCAAUGCACCCCUAUUCUUCACAGGUUGGGGGUUCUGAAAAUGAGGGCAGCCUUCUGUUGAAUGGGACUAAAGAUGAUCUUUUGGGCAAACAGUCUAAACAGUAUGGAGAGGAAACUUUGAGUGAGCAGCAGCUUGAAAGUACAGGCAUUCACCUUUUAGCCAAUAAUAAGAGUGGGAAGGCUUUGAAUUUCUCAUCAGCUUUAGAUAAAUCUAAUGAGGCAAUAAGUGUGGAUUCUGAGUUACACAAGAGUUCUAGUCUCUCAGAAGCCUUUGAAGCCCCAGGGACCAGUAAAGUUAGAGAACUUGAUUCCAAGAAGCUGCUACCAGAUACAAUUUUGACUGAAAUCAACCAGGAUAGUUCAACUUCAAUUCUAGACAAGCUUUUAGGUAGUGCUUUAACUCCGAAUGGAGGUGGCUCCACUAAAUUCACUGAGCAUAAUGGCAGCAAAGCAGAUGAGACAUGGGCCCCUGACAUUUCCCAUUCUUCUAAGUUUGCUCAUUUGUUUCUUGAUGAAGAGAAGAAACCAAUAGAUGAUCUCUCCACUGGCAGGCCAAAAGACUUACUCUCACUAAUUCAGGGUGGUGACAAAGCUGGUUCCCAUGUUUCUGAUAGGAUAGCUACUAAGCAUAUAGCCUCAAACUUUGCAUUCCAAUUCUCUGAACUUGCAGACAGGCAUGUUAUUUCAAAUUUGACGUCUUCUGGAAUUGAAAACUCUGAACAAUCAUGCAAUAUUAAUGAUGUUAACAAACCAGCAGCAGUUCCACCUGUCCUCACAUGUGAGGAUCUUGAAAAGUCCAUUCUGUCAGAAAGUACUGAAAAUGAUCCAAUGUUGCCUCCUGUUGUUGAAGGCUGGAAAACUGUUGAUACUGAAAGUGAUACGCAAGGAGUUAAUAUCGAUGAUCAUGCUUCCCAGCACCUUCUUUCAUUGUUACACAACAAAACGAGUAUGAAAAGUAUAGUAUCAUCUACCAAUCUAGUUAUUAGGUCUUCAAAAAGAGUACAAAAUAUUGAAACAACAAGUGUUGACUCUGCACCUCAUGAUUCAAUAGAGGCAAAUGCAGAAAAUGCUUCCAGUUCAGGGAAGAGUCUAACUCUUGAAGCACUUUUUGGAAGUGCUUUCAUGAAGGAACUACAAUCAGUUGGAGCACCAGCUUCUGUUCAGAGGGGCUCAGUAGAGUCUGCAAGAGUUGAUGUAUUGGAAUCUAACAGGCUUCCCCUUCAUGUCACAGAUGAUGGUCUUCUUCCAUCCACAGUUCACGUUGGGUCAAACAGGACUACUUUUGAAACAAAUAUUUUACCAUUUAAUCAAAGAGACCAGAUCAAAUCUGAUGGCAUUGAAGAGCAUUUGUUAGGCUAUAAUGAUGCUCGUUCUGCAGUGAAUUCAUCACAUCUCCAAGCUGAAUUCGGGUCUAAACUCGGUGGUUUUGACGGAUCUGUUGAAAUUCAGCUUCCUGAAGAGGAUGGUUUGAUUGGUGUCAGUAAUCCUGUGGAACUCCAGAACUUCAUGGCUGGUAAAGUAAAAGCAGAGCUAUUGGCCUCCCAAGAGACAUCGAUUGAUGUUGCUGAGAAACUAGCAGCUUUGAAGGCUGUCCUCCAGGAUGAAAGACCUUUUGUAGGAGGGCAAGAAGGUUCGCCUUUUCUUCCCGGUCCCUAUGAUAUGAGAGAGCUAGAUAUUCCAUUUCAUAAUCAAAAUGUGCAGCCGUCUUCUCCACAGCUUCAUCCUCAAUUGAAUCAUGGAGGUCCUUUGAUUCAUUCAUUCGAUUCUCAUCCUUCUAACAUCAAUUCUCAGGUGAAGUUCAUCGCUCCAGAAGGUAUCAUCCAUCAUGAUGCCCCUUCAAAUCAUCAAUUUCCUGCAAGUAUGCUUCGCCCUCCUUUCCAUCACCCUAGCAGUGAACUAACCGGAUUUGAUCCUCCAAUGCAUCACCCUAUUCAUCCUAUGUUACAACAAAUGCCUAUGCCUGGAAACUUUCCUCCACCCCACUUGCAGCGAGGGUUUCACGGAGGUCCACCACUGCCUCAUUCAAAUAAUCAGGUGAGUGGUUUCAUACAGGAAGUGAAUCCAAUGCAUGGUUUUCCAUUUGGACAUGGUCACCGGCAGCCCCAGCCCAACUUUGCUGGUCUUGGAAUGCCUCCAGGUCAUGACAUCGGCAGUGGGAGCCAUCAUCCAGAGGCAUUGCAAAGGCUUAUUGAGAUGGAACUCAGAUCAAACUCAAAGCAGAUUAACCCUUUCGGGGCGGCUGGCCAUAGUCAAGGGAUGUAUGGUCACGAGCUAGACAUGGGUUUUCGGUAUAGAUAAUGGGUUUUGGUUGUAGUUUUGCCAAAUCGCAAUGUAUUGAUUCUCAGAUUUGCUACCCCGUGAAUUUUGGAUUUGAUGUUCUUCGUUUAGGAGGGAUUACUCUGUGUCAGUGUAAUUAAAAUGUUAAUACUUAAAAUUGGCCUUUGGUUGUA